GCGGUACCACAUUCGGAAAAAUAUCAGUAGCGUUCCACCGAUCAUCUGGAAAGAUGAUGUUCAAAUUUUCAGUAUUGUUGAUGGUGUGUACUGAGUGUAUAUAUAGAGUUACCGGGGCAUCGUUCUCCAGAGUGUACGUUCAAAAUGGCCAAGAAGUCGUUCCGUUGGAAUAUGUUCAAUAUGGCGCGCCAGCAGUGUCAAUACCUGGACCACAACUAGCACAAAUAUCUGCGGCACCAGUUGGCUCAUUGCUUCCAGUUGCGUCAUCACACCAUCUGAUCAAUCCAUGUGGCGCACCUUGCGUCUAUCCAGGAUCGGCAAUUGCUUCAGUAGCUCAGGCAGUAUCUCCCACUCCUAACUUCAUAACAUAUAAAGCGAACGUUCCAGCUGUUGUAGAAACUAGUGAGGAACCAACUGGUUACGAAUAUUCUUAUGUCGUUUAUGAUGACGGUACUGGUGAUCACAAAACACAACACGAAUCAAGCGACGGCGCAGUAGUACGGGGUCAAUACUCGUUUCUCCAGCCCGACGGCUACGUACGGGAAGUACAUUAUACAGCUGAUGACUUAAAAGAUUUUAACGCUGUCGUCAAAAAGUUCUUGCCCGCCAAUGUGGAAGUAAAAGACGAAUCUAAAGAAGAACACCUCCCGCAUAUACCAUGCCAUGAUGUUAACCACGGAUCUGUUAAAACAUCAGGACAUCAGGAAAAUCAUGAAGAUCAUCACUAUCAUGAACCGAAUACGAAAGAAACUCAUCACAAAACACAGGAAGUAGCUUCCAGUGACGAAAGUCAUGAUGAGAAACACAAUGAAGAGAAUCACAAGUCUGUCGAAGACACUCAUUCUCCAAAAGAAUCAAAUGAGAAGCCAAACGAAGCAUUAACAAAAGCAUCGGCAGAGAGUAGUGCUGAAUCAGAAUCGUCAGAAAAAAGUAUUGAGACACAAGAAAUUCACAAAGAACAUUUAAAUGAACCGCAUCAUGAACAUGAAGUCGAUGGUGAACACAAAAUACACGAAAUUUUCGAAACGACAGAACACGAAUCCAUGAGGGGUCCUGAUUACCAAGACAUAAUCAAAUGUAUCCAAAAAUCAAUAGACAGUAAAGAUCAGAUGCCAACACCACUAGCAUAUAUCGUUCUGAAAAUCCAUGCUAAUUAUAACUAAACAAUUUACAUUGAAAUUAAACUAAUUUUCCGGAUUCUAUCGCGGUUUUUUGUAUUUUAUUUUUUAUUUUUCUCCCAAA